CUCAGCACCAACCAAAACAAAACACUCACACACUAACACUGCACAAACCUCUUAACAAAAACCAAUACACACACAGAUUUGUAUGUAUACAUCCAUGGUGAAAAUUCUUGUCUAGAAGUGCGUGCAGAAAUGGCGUCGAUAUCCUCGUGUUGGACACUAACAGCUAGCAAGUCUCGCUCACAAUCGGCUAUUAAGCCUUUUCGAUUUAAGUAUUAUGAUCAGUCUCAAAUUUCGCUAUUUCUUCGAAAUAAAUCGAGAAUUGGAUUCAGCACUAGUAGAGGUUCUUCUGGGAGUGUAAUUAGGGCGAGUGUUGAUUUUUCGCCUUUGUCGGUUAGGCCUGGAGGCAUAAUUGAGACUGAUAAGUUGCCUUCCGAUGUUCGAAAAAGGACUAUGGAUGCGGUUGAUGAGUGUGGAGGGAGAGUGACUAUUGGUGAUGUGGCUAGUAAGGCUGGAAUUAACUUGAAUCAGGCUCAGAAGGCUUUACAGGCUCUUGCUGCUGACACUAAUGGUUUCCUGGAGGUUUCAGAUGAAGGUGAUGUUCUAUAUGUCUUCCCAAAGGAUUAUCGCUCAAAGCUUGCGACCAAGUCACUGAGAAUAAAGUUAGAACCCUUUUUAGAGAAGGCUAAGUCUGGAGCUGAAUAUAUAGUACGAGUUUCGUUCGGAACGGCAUUAAUUGCUUCAAUUGUUAUUGUAUAUACCACAAUUAUUGCUAUCGUCUCAAGUAGAAGUGAUGAAGACAAUCGUGGUAGGCGUGGAGGUAGAUCCUAUGAUAGUGGUUUCAACUUUUAUCUUAAUCCAGCGGAUCUGUUUUGGUACUGGGAUCCAUAUUACAAUAGGAGGAGACAAGUGCGAGCAGAUAACGACGGGAUGAACUUCAUAGAAUCUGUUUUCUCCUUUGUAUUUGGUGAUGGGGAUCCCAAUAUGGGUAUAGAAGAAGAGAGGUGGAAGUUGAUUGGAGAAUAUAUAUCAUCAAAUGGUGGUGUUAUCACAGCUGAAGAGCUUGCUCCAUAUCUUGAUGUGGAAAAUACAAAGGAAAUGAAUGAUGAUUCAUAUAUCCUACCUGUCCUUUUACAAUUUGAUGGACUCCCAGAAAUAGAUGACGAGGGAAAUAUAUUGUAUCGGUUUCCAUCAUUGCAAAGAACAGCUUCUUCGCAGAAAAUUGGAAAAAAGGAGUAUGUUGGGAGAAGAUGGGCAGAGUGGGUUGGGGGAGUUGAUAGAUUUUUCAGGGAGAAGAAGUGGCAAUUCAGUAAAACCAGCAGUUCUGAAAAGGCGAUGGUUAUUGGUUUGGGUGGGCUCAAUUUAUUUGGUGUUGUCAUUCUGGGUACCAUGUUAAAAGAAAUGACAGGUACACCAAGUGAAUUCAUCACCUUUGUGUCCGACAUAUUCCCUCUACUUCAGAUCUAUGCGGGCUCUUUUUUCGCAAUUCCUUUGGUCCGAUGGUUCUUUGUUCAGAGGAGAAAUGCUGAAAUAGAAAACAGGAACCAGGCAAGGGAACAACGUUCCCUACAACUCGAACAACCAGAUCUCUCUCUGAGGCGAAAGCUUCUGAGUGCUAGAGACAUGGCCAACAAGACCUUCAUCAGUCAAGAUAGGAUUGUGUAUAGCACUGAAAGGGACUUGAUUGAGCAAGAUUACGAAGAGAAAGAAUGGGAAAAGAGAUUUCGAGAAAUACAGCAAUCUGAUUAAGUUUGGUUGAUUAUAUUGGUGUUUUUUUACAUGAACUGAUACUAUCUAACGAUGGCAAAGAGGAUGUACUACUUUCAUCAUACAAAUCAACUGACCACUGGGAAGAGGGUCUAUAAUGUAUAUGUACUUGUAUCUUAAUUUUCAUUAAGAUCAAUUAUUGGCAGUCACUUGUAAGUUUAA